AUGGACAAACCCAUUCCACAGUGGUGGAGCACUUAUAAAUCAACCCUAGCCAGCAGACUCACCAUGCUCACAUCACACACUCCUGCUCUGCUCGCCUCUUACACCUUGCUGUUCCUGUUGGUCCCCAACUCAGGGGUACUCCAGCCUGACGCUGCACACCAAGGCUUGCUUGAGACCAGCAACGUCGAUGACCAGGGGGCUCUGAUUCUGGAGGCGGUGAAGAAGGGGAUCCUUGGCUCUCUGGGUUUGGACAGAGAGCCAAAGCCUGCCAUGAAGGCCUCACAGAGGGAGCUGAGGAAGAUGUUUAAGCUCUACAGGAAAACAAUCAGCGAGAUGAGAAUCUCCAGCCAGUCAGGGACGGACACCUGGCAGUCCAACAUGUCCACUGUGCUCUUUCCAGCCGAGCCGUUGCAUGUUCUACAGAAGGGUGAUCAGCCACACAUUGUUUGGUAUCGGGCUGUUUUCCAAAAGAACCCAAAAAUUCACUCUGAACUAACUCUGGCAAAAGCACAACUGAAAGUAUUCGGUUCUGGUUUAGGUAACAACCCCAAAACUAGAAGACACAUCAAAGUUAGAAUUAAUGGAAUGAAGCCAAGAAACUCUGCUGCAUGGACCUACAUUGACAACAAUUCGAUGAUCCCAGGAGUGACCCUGGACAUCAAGCCUGAGGCAAGCAGAGGGAUGUGGAUAGAUGAUCAAGAACUGGUUGUGGAUGUAGGGAUGUCUCCACUUAGCAGGAAAGACUCUCACUUAAAGCCAACUGUGACUCUGGAACUGGACCUAAAGGCGCCACCUGCCACUCGGGGCGGCAGGUGGCGCCGCUCCAACAAAGAAGACAACUGUGAUGAGCGAGGGUGGUGCUGCCGGAAGUCUGCGACUGUGUCCUUCAAAGAUAUCGGCUGGCUGGACUGGGUGGUGGCCCCAACCGAGUACACCAUGCAUUUCUGUGAUGGCACCUGCCCCCACAACUACAAGCCGGCCAGCAUGCACACACAGGUGAAGUCUCGCCUGCACCAGAUCACCAAGGGAGAGAUGCCCCAGCCUUGCUGCGUGCCGGCAGCGUAUGAGCCCAUGGUGCUGAUGCACUACGACAGCAGGGGGAAGCUGAAGCUGACUCUGUUCAAUGACCUCAUCGUUACCAAAUGCCACUGUGCCUGAGCAGAACAUGUAACAGUCACUGUGCCUGAGCAGAACAUGCAACAGACUGUUUCAACACCUUUAGACUUCAUCCAUCCUUGAAAAGGGGAUUCUUGGCUCUCUGGGUUUGGACAGAGAGCCAUCCAUCCCUCCAUCCAUGGAUACUCCUCUAGGGAUUAUGGUAUUAAAUUAAGCAAGAAGAAUAUCUUGUGCGACGUAGAUUAGUUCUUAAAAAGGUGGUUUUUAUUAAUUAAAUACUUGACUUGAUUAAAAGUGCAUUUAUUUACUAUAAAUGAAAAAAACAGGUAUUUAUUUAAUGUUUGUUUAUUUAUUAUUUGUUAUAUUAUAUCACUGUUGUGCUCCGUUACACAAGAUGCAUUGAGCUGCAUUGUUUUAUAGGACUUUGAUAUUCUGAGUGUUGCCUUAUGCAUUUCUAUAACUGAAAAUUAAUAAAACUUCAAUUUAAAAAACAAAAC